CCCAUCCUUGUUUUUCAUUUUUCAAUUCAAUUCAUACCCAUAAUCGAUCUCUGAUCUCUCUCUCUAUAUAUAUCAUAUACGCCAUCCCCACCCACCACCAUACUAAUACACAAUCCCAACAAACAUACAAACACCAAAUUAUUCCGAUAUGUCUUCCGGGGUCGUUUUAGCAGCAGCCAUGGUUGUCUCCAGUACCGUGAUUUUUCUCGCGUUUUCUCGGCCGAAGAUUCUACCCUCUCCAAAUCCCACCUUGCGUUCUUGUUUGUCUUCAGACGAAAAGAAAAAGCAGAGGAAGAAGAAAAAGGUGCAUUUUGCGGAGAAUGUGAAGGAGACGAGUGGGAAUGGGAAGGAGUAUCGGAAACAGCACGAGAGGAAGUCAGCGGAGGCGGCGGCGGCAGCGGCGGCGGCAACGGCGACGACAAGGACCACGGUGGUUGAAAGCAUUUGCAGAAAAGACAUGCCGGCGAACCGGAUUGCUCUGUACAAUGGAAUUCUCCGGGACCGCGUGCACCGGAUUCAGUGUUCGUAUUGAAUUAUUGAUGUAGUAAUUCAGAUGCUUAUCCACUCUAAUCUGUAUUUAUCUUCUCUCCUUUUUUCUUCUUUUUUCCCUUUUUAUUAGGAGUGAAAGAAAAGGGGGAAAACUCCCCUCUUGUGUAAAUAACAAUGAAUCUUUGUCCAAAAUUAUGUUUUUUUAAUGAGAACUAUUGGGCAAAGUUUGUAAAUUUCAAUAUUUGAUUUUUCGAUU